CUAAGAUUUCUUUAAUUAAGUACUAGUACUAUUAUUUAAUUUCCUAUUUGAAAAAAAGUUGUCUUGGAUUUCUAAUUUUAUAUUAGGGAAUGCACAUAUACUUUUCUAGAGAGAAUAGAAUGUGGGUCUUUGCUUCUAUUCUCUCCUGAACUUAGAUUGAGCCUCAGGUUUUUGCAGCACAACAUGCUUUCUGGGUUUUUUAUUCCACAUAUGAUGUUGCUGCAUGCAAGUUAAAUUGAUUUCCCCUUUCUUGGUAACACUGUUUUUUAUUUUAUUUUUUAUUUAUUUAUUUACCUCAUUUGACAACCUUAAUCCCUAGCAUUUUCUUGAAUUUGAUCUAGGUAUUCUGUUUCUUGAUUUUUUAUUGUUUGAAUCUGUUGAUGGGUUUUUUGUGAUUAUUACUGGUAGUGGUAAAAUGGGGUUGAUUUUGUUGUAUAGGGUUCUUAAGGAACAAAUGUGUUUUGAUGUGAAUCAUUGGGAAAGAUUAGAACUUUAGUUUCUUUGUGUGUUAAAUAAGAUUGAUUUUGUGUAGUGUGAUGGGAUCUCAAGGGGGUGGGGGUGGUAAUGGUGUUGGUGCAACUCAAGCCCAAGAACCAAAGACAAAUGCUUUGGCUAGGCAAGGAUCAUUAUAUAGUUUAACUCUUGAUGAGGUUCAAAAUCAAUUAGGGGAUUUAGGGAAACCAUUAAGUAGUAUGAAUCUUGAUGAGCUUCUUAAGACUGUAUGGACUGUUGAGGCUAGUCAAGGAAUGGGAGGGGGAACGGAUUACGAGGCGCACGGUCAGGUUGCUUCGGGUAGUUCUCUACUGCCAGGUGAUCUGAGCAAGAAGACUGUUGAUCAGGUGUGGCAGGAUAUUCAACAGGGGCGUAAAAGGGAUAAUAAUAAUAAUAAUAAUAUCGAUAAUAGGAAAGCUCACGGGGAGAGGCAGAUUACUCUUGGUGAAAUGACACUUGAGGAUUUUUUGGUUAAGGCUGGAGUGGUUGCUGAGUCAACUCCGGGGAAGAAAAGUUCGGGUUCGGGCUCUGUUUUAGGGGUUGAUACAAUGGCAAUGCCACAACAGAAUGUUCAACAACAAGCUCAAUGGUCACAAUAUCAGAUCCAGCCAAUGCAUCAGCUACCACCGGUUUUUAUGCCUGGCCAUCCGGUUCCACAACCUUUGACUAUUGUUCCGAACCCAACGAUAGAUGCAACUUAUCCUGAAUCUCAGAUGGCGAUGUCCCCAACUGCUCUAAUGGGCACAUUAUCGGACACGCAAACACUUGGAAGAAAAAGAGUUGCACCGGGCGAUGUGGUUGAGAAGACUGUUGAAAGGAGGCAGAAGAGGAUGAUUAAGAAUAGGGAAUCUGCAGCGAGGUCACGAGCAAGGAAGCAGGCUUACACACAUGAACUGGAGAACAAGGUUUCACGGCUCGAAGAGGAGAAUGAAAGGCUCAAGAGACAGAAGGAGAUAGAGAAGGUGUUACCAAGUGUUCCACCUCCAGAGCCCAAGUAUCAGCUGCGCAGAACAAGCUCUGCCCCCUUCUAACAUCCAGUUUCAUGUAUGAAAUGAUGAAUAUGUAGAUGCAUAGUGUUCGUUAUGUGAUUGAAAUUUAUGUUAGCUAGCCAUUCUCUGUUCAUCUCCUUGUUCUUCGUUAACCUAUGGCAGCUCUUGUUGGCUGCCCUUGUGUUUGCCUUGGUUGUCUCUAAUUUGCUAGAUAAGUUUUUUUCCUUGUAUGUACAUUUUUAUAGUUUUAACCUUGGAAUUAUGCGGAGGACAUAGUUUUGGUA